GAUGGGAAUGUAACCAAUGGCCAAGUCUGCUGAAGACAAGCAAGUCUUAGGACUUUCCUUUGACCUUAAUAACCAGUCACUCCUCCCCACACAGCAAGAACCGCCAGCCACCACCAACCAGGGCACUGUCAUACAGCUGACCAUGGCUGGCAAAGAGGAGGACUGGGACAGCCUGGAGGACAAUGAGCUAAUCUUCUCACUGGACAAAGACGAGGAUGGGGGGGAAGUCAUCUUCACCAAGGAAAAAGCACCUUCAGAAAGUGGAAAGAAUUUUGAAGAUGGCCUGGGUUCCACCUUCCACAUACCAACCUCUCCGUCCUCCUCUUCUCUUUCGGGGUCACUCUGGGACAUUUCCUACUCCACUGGCUUCUUUUCUCCAGAAACGUCUCCAGGCAACAUCUAUAGUUCCUCGGUGCCCAAACUGUACAUGAAACUUGUCAAGUCUCUUUCCACUGAGCUUGAGUCCAAGGAGACCACCUCGCUCAAACCCCGGCCUCUGCUCAGUCUUGUGAAGUCUAUAUCCACAGAAAUCUCCCGGCAUGAGCCUGAAAUCACCCAGUCCAAGUCCGACUCCAAACUUAACACCCACCUUUGGAGGCAGCUAACCCAGCCCAAAGGCAGGAAUGGAGAUUUUAAGACUGCUCCUUCCUCCCCCAGCAUCUCGCCAUCCAAGAGCAAAGGAAGAUUCUUCAAAGUGCUGGAAGUUGAGGCCAAACUUGAAGACACCAAGAGGAAGUUCUCAGAGGCCAUGCAGGAGCCCCUCAGCAUGCUGAGCAAGAUCAUUGGCGAAGAGAACUCAAAACAGAAGCUAGGUGCCAGCGAUUCUCCUGGUGUCGGCAGUCAGACCAACAGGGAUUCAGGAGGGGACCUAGCUAGGAGCAAAAACGCCAGAAGAGGAGGGGAGUGCGACAGGCUGUCUGUUUGGGAGACUCCCGUCAGGCAUGCCAAAAAGAGCCUGUCAGAGUCAUGUUUGUCACCAUAUCCAAAAUGCAAACUGGGUAACGGUGGUAGCAAGUAUGAAAUUUGCACCUAUGGGGACGUCAUGCAGGUAGUAGAAAUCAAACCCAGUACUGAAAGCACAGGGGUAGAAAGUGGAGAAUUGUCUCCCAAGAUGAGCAGAGAACUUGGUUCCUUACAGACUUCUCAACCUGUGCCAAGUAAAUGUUUGUUCUGCAUCGCCACACUGGCCUACGGUUACUUUGUCCUGCCUUUGCCCUCUUACAUGUCAGGCCUCUGCCUGGGCCUGGCCUGCGGGGUUAUGGUGGGCUUGGUGGUUAUCUUGCUUCUAGUUCCUAGGAACUCAGUACACUUUGCCAGAAAGCUGCCAUCAGCUCAUGAUUGUCUGCAGUCAGAGCUUCUUAUAAAGGAACACAAGCAGCCUGAUGUAUUGAAGUUCACUUGCAUCCCCAGUGGAGUUGAAAGCAAGAUUACACAGAGUGUGUCAGUGAGCCACAGCUCCAGCUCCUCAGGUCAAGUCUUGUACAGUGGUGGCUCCAGCAGGGGGGGCACUGAGGAUAUCGCCUCCCUGUUCGGACUCAGGGACCUAGCUGGGAGUGUGCGCCAGAAGAUAAUUCUGGACUACAAUACCUCUAUGGCCCACUUCAUCAUGUCAGAGAGUUCCAGCCCACUGCUCAGCCCCUGCCACAGUGCAGCCAGCAGCCCCAGAGUCAAGACGAAGUUCCCCAGUGACCCGCUAGGAGGCAGCAGCAAGGCUCACCCAGCCUGGAUCAAUGCAUUGAUUGGAAGGAUCCUCUGGGACUUUCUGAGGGAGAAGUACUGGGCAGAUCAAGUGGCAUGCAAGAUCCAGAAGAAGUUGAGCAAAAUCUGGUUACCUUACUUUAUGAACGAGCUGACUCUAACAGGACUGGACAUGGGAACAUCUUUGCCUCAGAUCCUGAGUACCUCAAAGCCCUCCAUCAACCACAGGGGUCUGUGGCUGGACCUGGAGGUGACCUAUAACGGAUUACUGCAGAUGACUCUGGAGACCAAGAUGAACUUGUGCAAGCUGGGGAAAAAAGCCAUGGGGGACAAAGACAGCCUGCUGGAACCUGGGAGGGAGGGGUCGAAGACGCGAGUCUACCUGCUGGCAGACAGUGAUGAGGAAUCUUCAAGCGCUGGGUCCUCUGAUGAAGAGGUCCCACCCACUGAACCGCAUUGGCUCCUGGGAGACAAGGCCACACCCCCUGGCACUGAGGGCCACGUAGCUGGGAGCAGUACAAGCCGGAAGAUCCUCCGCUUUGUGGAUAAAAUCGCCAAGUCUAAAUACUUCCAGAAGGCCACGGAGAAUGAGUUCAUCAAGAAGAAGAUCAAGGAGGUGUCCAACACGCCCGUGCUGCUCACCGUGGAGGUGCAGGAGCUGUCGGGGAAGCUCGCUGUCAACAUCCCACCGCCCCCCACUGACCGGUUAUGGUACAGUUUCCAGAUCCCCCCAAGACUGGACCUGAAGGUGAGGCCCAAGCUGGGCGAGAGGAAAGUGACCUUCUCCCAUGUCACAGAGUGGAUAGAGAAGAAACUCCAGCAGGAAUUCCAGAAAGUGUUUGUGAUGCCAAACAUGGAUGACCUAUACCUUCCCAUCAUGCACUCUGGCCUGGACAAUCUGGCCCAGUCCCCAGCAGAGCCCUGAAGACAGCCUUCUGAAGAGUCUCCGGAGAAAACAGAACCUGAAACAUCACCUGUUACUGAAUAGCUUUGAUGAGCUACUAACACUUGGUACUUUUUAUAUACCCAAGGCAGCUCUGGGUGAGGCACAAGAACCUACAUUGGAUACUAAGAGUGCCGUACAGCACUGAGCUUAGCAUCUUGUUUAUGGACAGAUUUUAAAUACUGAAAUAUAUUUUACUGUAAAAAAAGAAAAUGUAAGAAAUGUGCGUGCCAUAAAAUGAUGUCGGACUGCUUUGAUGUUUUUUUAUAGAUUUGUUACAUGCAUCUUGUUAAUACUGUAUGUGAUACUUCCAGAAUUUCCUUACCUUAACAAUGUACUGUGUUUCCUUAUACAGUGCUCUGCAAACACAGUGGUAACCAAUCAUCUAUUGCACAAAGCCAAUAGAAACUUCACUACAGUACUACCAUAUGCAUCAACCUCAUAUGCAUAAAUGUUCUGUCAGCAAUUCUGAAUAUCAGUUGGCCAGUUGAAAUCACUAAAAUACAAAUAGUACUAGGAAUGGCUAAUCAUGCACUAUAAAAAGAUUAUUUUUGAUAUCUUUUAUAAAUUGUGAUGUUCUGAAGACUGCAAACCCACAGGUAAGUGCAUGUUUUAACACUGACUUUCUGUAUUUUGUCUGUCAAAUGUUAAUAAACGGUACAUA